AUGCCCAGGCAAACAAACCCUAGCCACGCUUGCGAAGAAGCUGGUCAUGGUAUCUCUUUCGACGGCAAUGAAAGCAUUGGAAAUGCCUUCAGAGAAGUACAUCAGUUCCACCAAGGUCUACACCAGCGCCAUAUCCAAAUGAUCGCAUUAGCUGGAACAAUUGGAACUGGUUUGUUCCUCAGUUCGGGUCAAGCAAUUGCGACCUCAGGUCCUUUGGGUGCCUUGCUUGGUUAUGCUGUGACCGGACUCGCUGCUUCCAGUGUCGUCAGUGCUGUGGGAGAGAUGGGUUCUCUAGUGCCGCUAAGUGGAGGUGUUGUUCGCUAUGCGGAAUAUUUCUUCGAUCCUGCACUGUCUUUUGCUGAUGGGUGGAAUCAAAUAUACUCAUAUUUGGUAUCCGUUCCUGCAGAAAUUGUUGCCGCGGCGGUGUUGGUUGAAUUCUGGAUCACAGUCAACAGCGCCAUAUGGAUUACUACAUUCGGACUGCUAAUGCUUAUCACCCCAUUGGUGUUUAUCAGAGUCUAUGGAGAAAUUGAAUUCUUCUUCUCCAUGCUGAAGAUAGCACUGAUAAUUGGGAUAAACAUCAUGGCUAUUGUGAUUUCCUGUGGUGGAGGGCCGAAUGGUGAAUCUAUUGGAUUCAGAUACUGGAGAAACCCAGGGCCAUUUGUUCAAUAUCUGGGUAUAGGUGGCUCUCUGGGUCAAUUUCUGGGCUGUUGGUCAUCCUUUUACAACGCAGUCUAUGCUUAUUCGGGAAUUCAGAAUGUCACUGCUGCUGCUUCUGAGCUCAGAGCACCAAGACGAUCAAUUCCAAAGGCUACUAAACGCAUUUUUAUUAGAAUCUUUGCUUUUUAUGUCCUGUCAAUCUUCACAAUUGGCUUGGUCAUUCCGUCGAAUGAUCCCAAUCUUCUUCAAGGGGUCUCCACUCAUCCCACAGCUUCUCAAUCACCGUUUGUUAUUGCUGCUGAGCGUGCUGGUAUCACAGCCGUGCCAUCAAUUAUCAACGCUGUCAUAAUUUCUUCGGCUUGGUCUGCUGGCAAUUCGGACAUACUUUUUGGCUCUCGAAUUCUUUUUGGCUUAUCGGUUCUUGGACAUGGACCUAAAGCUUUCCAGCGGUUAAACCGGUUUGGUGUUCCUUAUGUGUCUGUUAUUCUUUUUGGAAUUUUUAUGAGUUUGGGAUACAUGUCGCUUGAGCAGUCCUCCAGUGGAGUUUUUAGGUGGCUACAGGAUGUUGUAGCUGUCUCUACACUGGUGGACUGGGGUAUCAUCUGCAUUGUAUACCUCCGGUUUUACUAUGGAUGCAAGAAACAAGGAAUCAACCGAUAUGAGGAGCUCCCUUGGGCGGCCCCUUUCCAGCCCUACUCCACCUGGGCCUCACUUACAUUUUUCGUCCUUUUACUACUUACUGGUGGAUACAGUGCAUUUAUACCCGGCCACUGGAGCACUGAGACUUUCAUAUCGUCCUAUAUCAACAUUCCGAUAAUUUUGGUGCUAUAUUUUGGCUACAAACUUUGGAAGAAGACAACCAUUCGUCCUUUGGAGACUAUUCCGAUAUCUGGAUUUGUGCAGUUCUAUCUCUGCCAGGAAUACCCCAAGCCGGAGCCCAAGCCUACGAAGGGUCUGAAAAAACUCAAAAUUCUGUGGUCUUAG